CCUCAACCCCUUCAAUCACUAUUCUCCACUUCAUCCCUAUAUCAUUUCACCCUCUUUUUUCACCUUCAUAAUCGCAUAACAUCAAUAUAUAAUCACCGUUACAACACUCACCUUACACAAAAAAAAUAUGGGUGCCUGUAUUUCAUCACAUCACAAAUAUUCAUCUACAAUGAAGGUACACGUCUCAUCCCGGACCCCAAUCAAAGAAAAACUUCCGAUCAUCAAUCACCAUGUUGCUCUUAAACCUCACUGUGAUGUUGAAGAGACGUUUUUCGAUUCCCAAGCUUGGUUAGACUCGGAUUGUGAAUCUGAUUUCAUGAGUGUUAAUGGAGAAUUCACACCAUCAAGAGGCAACACUCCAUUACACCAUAACUUCGCGCCACAAAUGAAGGGUGGUGCACCUGGCAAGCCUUCCGUGACCCUGCUUCAACCACCUCCAAGCCCGUUAAAGAAGAAAAAGAGACUUUCCGAACUUUUCAAUGAAAGCCAAAGAGAGGGUCAUGCUUGUGACGAUGAAAAUGGGGCGGUAGGGAGCCUUGAAGCGGUGGCAGUUCGUGGUGGUGGAUUAAAGCCAAAGAGGGGGAGAUGGGUGGAGAUUGUGCAGGCGCAUGGUUGCAUACCGAAGGUACAGAACUACAGACAGAAAUGAGAAGAAAGAAAGCCUGAGUCGUGAGUUUGUGACCCUGACUGAUCAACGGUCAUGAACCAUUUCUUGAACUCUACUUGUGAACGUAUAGAAAUAUGAAGUCGUCGUAUCUUGGACAUCUAGUAAUUAUGUUAAGACAGUUGCACCUUGAUUUUGAAUUUAUGAAUAUAAAUAUGCAUAUCCGUGUUGUAGCUAA